CGACCCUCGGUCUUUGUUCUACCCACCUCUCCAUAACAUAGCGUUCGAGAGACACAAUCGUCAACAGUUGCUUCUCUGCCUGAGGGUGCGCUUCCGCCUCGAACUGUGUUCCGUAUACUGGUCCCGCCGGCCCGUUCGCGUCGUCGAUUGGGCGACUAGCUGGGGUUGGUGUGGAUAGGAACCUGAAGCUCGACAAUGUCUCUCUAUUGACCGCCGUCCUAAGUCUCCGAAAUCAUCGCCGCCUUGACCCCUAUCGCCGGGCGAGGAAUUAUCACGACGAAUGAAACAGGCGAUCAAAAUCAUCACCUCACCUUUGAUUGCGUUCGGAUCGCGUUGCCGCCAACGCUGAUACCGGCUACCAUGGAAGAGUACACGCGGUCUCAAGGCUUGGGACGUCUUCAUCCCUCUCUGUCACCCUCUCCGGACUCACAUGCCGCAGCUGCGUCAGGAUGGUACAAUCUGACGGCUUGGGCGGUCAACGUGACGCGCUACGCGCCAUUUCUUGAGGAUCUCAUGCGAGCCGGUCCGCGAGUUUUCACCAAACUCGGUUCCUACAUCAAUUUGGUCGAACCGUUGGACCCAUCGAGCCAAGACCAUACAUCGACAACAACGCCCAUCGACAUACUGGCCCCUCACUCGGGAGGCUCGAAUAUGUACACUCUCAUGGACGAUGCAGGGGCCGUUCCGCCAUCGGACUCCGCCUCGGGUGGCGACCCGCUCGCGCAUGUUCCGCGCUUGUCCCUCGACGGGGCGCGUGGUCUCGGGAGCGUCUUCAGUUAUGCUACCAGCAAGUGGGCCAUAUCGUGCAUUGCCAUGGCCAUCGUUCUGAAUCGAACUCACAUAUAUGCAGCUACGAGACGGAGGUUGCGGCUGCGAUGGCAUGUCCGCUUCUUGGCCCGCAUACUUCCAAUCGCGCUCCUUGCCACUCAAGUCUAUCGCCUCGUUCAAUCCGUCCAAUGCCAGACAUCUGCGGAGUUCGGCAGGUUGCGCUGGGGAGAUUCGGCAAGGAGCUCUGAGCUCAUGUUUGCGCAUCCCAAUAGGUUUCUGAACUCACUCGCCUCCGCUGUCCUCCUCGGAGCCACGGAUGAGCGGUCUUGUGUGGCCGUUGGUAUGACACUUGGCCAGGACUUGGACGACAACCGAUUAUUGCGAGGAUCCCUUUCCCGGCUUUGGCCACUUUUUGGCACGUUCUGUUUGAGUCACUUUCUCGAGACCGUGUCCUGUGCUGUACAGGGUCGCCCCCUGGCCGCAGAGACGGGCAUGACUUUGUUUGAGCAGUCUCUAGCUUUUGCCGAAGCGGAUGCAGCGGUCAGCAACCAACUUGGUUGGGACUCGUUCUCCAAAUCACCUCAAGGUCUCGGCGCUGGCUCGUCGCCCACCGGCAGUGUCAUUGCUCUGACUCGUGCGAUGAUACUACGACGGGUCAACACGGCCCCCGAGGUUCUUAUGGUAGCGACACUCUCUGCCAUGACUCACGUCACGAGUCACAUACUUGGCGUGUUCGACUGCCAGGCCAAAUAUCGUCUUGUGAACACGGGAUUUUGGGGCUUGUGUUUCAUGGCCAGCAUUGUUUGGAGUGCGUGGUCUUUCGAAUUGGGAAACCCGGCCGCACAGGGCUUGUUGAGGUUUCCAACAGUAUGCAUCAUCGGAUUCGUCCCGCAUGUUUUGGUUUUGCUGGGAAUCACGACAUGCGUCUGCAUCUAUAGCCUGGCCUUGCUGUUGUCAGCCCUGUCUCCGCCGACCGACCGCCACAGCCCUCCCUUGACCCUGCGACAGAGACUGGUGCAUGCGCACCACAAUAUGCAGGCGAACGUCUCGUUCUCCGACAUCCGAAUCACGAGAGAGAUGGAUUUCUACACGGCAUUAUUACGGACCGGCUUUGCGGCCAUCACUAUGGCGAGCGAAGCGGUCUAUCUGAACGAAGAUCGGGGUGUGAGCUUGCAACGACAUACCUGGUUGGAAGAAGCUCGAUUUCGCGAGGCAGAAGAGCUGCAGAGGCAGUGCAUAGGCAUGGGAUUGCCCAGUUCGCACCAUGAUCAGAUCGGCACGAUCGGAUUGAUACCAGUCAAGAGCGGUUCUGUCUUGGCCUCAAACGGUUACACUCGGGAACGUGCAGCGCAAAAGCUACCCAAGGGGCGCGGUGAGCGAGGGGUGCGGGUGGGCGCUGGGACUACAGAAAGAAGCUCUCGCUGGUUAAUGGCGGUUGAGUUCCUCCUGAGUAUUGGCAAGCUCGUUGCAAGAGUUGGUGCUCUGUCUGCGCUUUGGACCCUGAGUGUGCUACGCAUACGGGUGCAGCCGGCCUGGUUACUCAGCCUAGCUCGCCGCCCCAAAGCCGCGUACGAUCACGCCAACUCGUCUGACGGUGAACAAGGAGAGAGGGCUCAACAACUACCCUCACGUCAAGACACCGAGGGCUUGAUGGUUGGGAAUGACAGCUUAGACGUGGAGGCAGAGUUUCGUCGAGUAGGCUGCUUUGAAGACGAAGAAGCUCUUGACUUAGACUUGUAUCAGUACUGGGUGAAGGGCGGAUGGUGGGGAUCCAGCGACACAAGUGGUGACUUCGAACCGAGCUCGAACGACGAGGGCUGGGAUCAAUCUAGUGUCGUUACCGCGGCCAGCACAGGCAGCGACCUGGAAGAACCCGCCUCUGAAUGGGACGAAGAGGCCGAUGGGCAGAAGACGCCUACCAGACGCUCGCCUCGGCCGUCUUUGGAGGAAGCCUUACUUCAUGAUAGCCCUUUGGCUAUGGGCGAUUUGGCACGGCUGCUACACCCAACCACGCACGAAGCACGGGACGAGGCUCUGACGCUUGCAGCCCAUUUCCGGAGCAGCACGAUCAUGACGCGGGCCGCAUUUCGUCGCUCCGAACAGGUGCGUCGAGCUCGUGUGCUGACGACGAUGGGCGCCUGGCCAUCAUCAACAGCAGAUCCCACGUCUCGUAAUGCCAAACUCAGCCCCGACGAAGAAGAGCAAUUGCUGGAACAACUUCUGUUGUCCCGCCGCCAAGCGUCGCUUCGCAAUAGCUGGGUUGCACAGAGUGCGGGAAGGCCCGUUGCUCCUGGCGUCGAAGCCGAUGGUGCUGGCAGUCCGCCCUGUGUGGUCUGCCAGAGUUCGUCAAGGACCAUCAUCGUCUGGCCUUGCCGCUGCCUGAGCCUCUGUGACGACUGUCGGGUGUCGUUGGCCAUGAACAAUUUCGACAAAUGCGUAUGCUGUCGGCGGGAUGUUAUGAGUUUCAGCCGGAUAUACGUGCCUUGAUGCACAUGACAAUCGCUAUCGCCGUAUGCAAUGCAGGGGCGGCUGCGUACAGCGAGGGAUGUAGUGCGCGAGCUUUGGGGACGCGGCUGAUGCUGCGGCGCUAUUGUAAAUCAUGAUGGCGAUGAAUUUCUGGCACAGCGUGCUUCAGUAUCACACGGAACAGCGACACCGUUAAAUUCUAUUUGUUCUUGAACAUCUGCAGUGCUAUCUUUGGACACCGACCAAAUUGGUUCCCCGGCAAGCGAGGUCAGAAUUACAUGGCGGCCCAUUCGACACUGAUUGUGCAAAGCAGCGGCUGGGACAAUGUCCCUUGAGGGGUGUGCUGGCCGCCCAUGAGAAAUGCCUUCUUGACCGCUGUGGCAAGUCUGCCACCGCUCACUACAUCUAGCACUGGUAUUUCUUCAUGCCAGCCGUACUGGUUAGCCAUGAAGUGAGCAUGGAAGCGUAGAGGAUCGCCAGGAUAGACGCUAUAGCGGGCGCCGAAGCGAAGACCGGGCGUCAUGUAGAACUUGGUAGUUUGAAGAUAUCGACACAAGGGGCCGUCGAAAGCCUUGGCCACAUCAGAGGCAGGGUGCAAAGUAAUUGAAG